UCUCCACUGCGCGCGGUACAAGGAAAUGCUAGAACUAGUGAUCUCACCCAGCCUUACUGUAAACAGCGACUGUCCGGGUAAACUGAAGCUUAACUGCGCUGAUGCCGAUGUCUGGACUCUGAGUGACGCAGAAGGCACCACCACAUCCGCCCCCGCGAGUGUGUCCCAGCUCUUUGUGCGCCCUCGCCCACGUGUCCUGCCCAGCCAGCCCCCCGCAGCCAUGGCAACCUACGGCCAGGCGCAGUACAGUGCCGGGAUCCAGCAGGCCGCCCCCUACACGGCUUACCCACCUCCAGCACAAGCCUAUGGAAUCCCCUCUUACAGUAUCAAGACAGAAGACAGUUUGAACCAUUCCCCAGGCCAGAGUGGAUUCCUCAGCUAUGGCUCCAGCUUCAGCACCCCACCCACUGGACAGAGCCCAUACACCUACCAGAUGCACGGUCCGGCGGGGAUGUACCAAGGAGCGAACGGACUCACCAGCACAGCCGGAUUUGGAAGUGUGCACCAGGACUACCCUUCCUACCCCGGCUUCCCGCAGAGCCAGUACUCCCAGUAUUACAGCUCGUCCUACAGCCCUCCCUACGUCCCGGCCAGCAGCAUCUGCCCCUCUCCGCUCUCCACGUCUACCUACGUCCUUCAGGAAGCCUCGCACAACGUCCCCAACCAGAAUUCUGAGUCACUGACUGGCGACUAUAACACACACAAUGGACCUUCCACGCCGGCAAAGGAGGGAGACCCAGACCGGUCGCAUCGGGCCUCGGACGGCAAGCUCCGGGGCAGGUCUAAACGGAGCAGCGACCCCUCCCCAGCUGGGGACAAUGAGAUUGAGCGUGUGUUCGUGUGGGACCUGGAUGAGACAAUCAUUAUUUUUCACUCCUUACUCACGGGGACAUUUGCAUCCAGAUACGGGAAGGAUACCACGACGUCUGUGCGAAUAGGCCUGAUGAUGGAAGAGAUGAUCUUCAACCUCGCGGAUACGCACCUGUUCUUCAACGACCUGGAGGACUGUGACCAGAUCCAUGUUGAUGAUGUCUCAUCUGAUGACAAUGGCCAAGACCUAAGCACGUACAACUUCUCCGCCGACGGCUUCCACAGUUCGGCCCCCGGAGCCAACCUGUGCCUGGGUUCCGGGGUGCACGGCGGCGUGGACUGGAUGCGGAAGCUGGCCUUCCGCUACCGGCGGGUGAAGGAGAUGUACAACACCUACAGGAACAACGUGGGCGGCUUGAUAGGAGCUCCCAAAAGAGAGACCUGGCUACAGCUCAGAGCGGAGCUGGAGGCUCUGACUGACCUCUGGCUGACUCACUCCCUGAAGGCAUUAAACCUCAUCAACUCCCGGCCCAAUUGUGUCAACGUGCUGGUCACCACCACUCAACUAAUUCCUGCCCUGGCCAAAGUCCUGCUGUAUGGACUGGGCUCCGUGUUCCCCAUUGAGAACAUCUACAGCGCAACCAAGACAGGGAAGGAAAGCUGCUUUGAGAGGAUAAUGCAGAGGUUCGGCAGGAAAGCCGUCUACAUCGUGAUUGGCGAUGGCGUGGAAGAGGAGCAGGGAGCGAAAAAGCACAACAUGCCCUUCUGGCGGAUAUCCUGCCACGCCGACCUGGAGGCCCUGCGGCACGCGCUGGAGCUCGAGUACUUAUAACCAGCGGCCUCGCCCGGCCCCCGGCCCUGAGCCCACCUGGGCCCCUCGCCUCCCCGCCUCCCCACCUCCCCGCCAGAUGCUGGACACCCGGCAGGGCCCCUACAGCCAAGAGGAUGUUUCUGGUGACCAGAGCUGUCCUUGCAGCCCCACAAGAGUCCGAGGAGCGGAGCACCCAACUGUGGCUUUGGAAUAUUUCACUUUGGGGAGAGGGGCUGGCUCAAAGUCCAGACUUUUCUACAAGACUCAGAACAAAAGCAAGGAGUUGCUGAUGUGGAGCAGGGCUAGUGACGAGGAGAGGACAGGCUCAUUGUUUUUUCUUCCUUUUUAAUUUAUGGACUGAUCUCAUUACCCUGGUAUUACACUCUCGUACCUGUGUUGUUGGUUUUCUUAGUCGUUGGUUUGGUUUUGUUCUUCAAACUGGCAUGCGGGGUGGCGCACAGUUCUGAUCAAGCGCUCUGCUCCAGGUUGUACUCUGGGGGGACAAUCAUUCUCUGAACAUUAGUGAGGGAGGUGAUUCGGGGCGUCGGGAAGAUUCUUGCUUAUUUUUGUUUUUAAGGACCUGACCUGAUGUCAUGUGGACAGUGCACGUGCCUUAUGCUGCCAUCUUGUUUUCUAGGAAGAGGGAACCCUGGGAGGAGGCGGUACUUUGUGACGGAACAAAGGCAUUAAAUAAAACCAGGUUUACAUUUUGAAGUGGGGGCGGGUGUCGCUGCUUUAUUACCACUCUUGACACUCCCAAAUGUGUUGGUCUUUCCCAGAA